AUGAAUAACCACUAUGAUUUAGUGUUAUACACAGAUGCAUCCAAAAAUGAAACAGGCAUAAGCUGCUCUGUUACAACGUCACAAAUUGCAAUAAAAUCUUCCCUAAUCCCAUCAACCUGUAACGUUCACACAGGUGAACUAUUCAGCAUUCUACAGGCCAUCAAUUCAAUCUCUCCACCUUAUAAGCUCGUCGCCAUAUGUACAGACUCACUUGCCUCUAUAUUAUCCAUCCAAAAUAUAUUUACCGAACAUCCUAUUGUCCAAUCAAUACAUGACUCCUACCAGCUUAUCUCAUCCCAAGGAAUAACAGUUACUUUAAUUUGGUUACCUUCCCACAUUGGCAUCGAAGGCAACGAACUAGCAGACAAACAGGCAAAAAUUGCAGCUACAUAUACCGUCACCGAUAAUGUUAUUAUUGGAAAGGAUUUAAAAUCACAGUUCAAAAGAAAAUCCAGAGUUACAUGGCAGCAGCAUUGGGACACUAUUAACACAGAAUUGGCCAUUCAAGACUUACUCAUGGAUAUCUUAUGA